GGGCUUGCACUAGCGACAAGGUGGCUCUUCUCCAGCAGCGAUUAAACAAUAUAGAAGUGACCCAUCGCGAAGAAAUCCAGCAGAUUCGAUCGAGUGUUGAACGCCUGGCUGCUCAACUCGAGUCGAGUACCGUCGUGACAGAGCCGGCCAUAGUCAAUAAAGAUCAUGCUGGGCCUCAUUGUGCAGAUAUAGUCCAAUCUGGAAUCUUGAGCGAAGGUGAAUGGGAGGAACUCUAUCAUUUCUUUCGUGAGAACUGCUACAAUGUGAUUGGAUUCAUGGACGAUGAGCUCUAUAAAACCCAAAGUUUCGUCCGGCAACACCCCUUGACAUCAACGGCGAUAUGCGUGAUCGCGGCCCGGGCCAUCAGACAAGAACGAUACCAGACGUAUCUUGCCCAUGCCCAUGAGCUGAUCAAGAACACAUUUGUCGGCCCAACCCCGGAUAUUCACGCAGUUCGAGCCAUGAUGCUUCUCACGGCCUGGACUGGACAGAGCCGUUUGUGGGGGUACAUAGGAUCGGUUUCCACAGAACUCGGACUCAACACGGCGGCGUUGCAACUCGGGGAUGAAGCGGUUGCACAUACCGCUGAUCUUGUCCAGCGUGCACGGACAUGGUUCACGCUGUGCUGCUUUGAUCUAACACUACACUUGAAUCGGCCGUUCGUUAUCAAUCGGAUGCGAGACUACCUCCCGUUCGCCAAACGGCUCCUCACAUCUCCAUAUACGCAACCCGUUGACCACCGUAUUUGUGCCUACAUUGUUGGGUUCACCAUCACUGCGGACGCCAAAGCACAAUUGCCAAAAUCUGGGCUGCAAUUGAAUCCCAUGCCCCAAGAAGCGAUCCAGCUGCUGGAGUCGUUCGACCAAAGCAUUGAUCGAUGGUUUCAUAAAAUCAACAAUACCAUUGAGCCCGUGUACCAGACGUUUGUUGACAAGCAGGACCGUAAUCGGUUUUUAAUUCCAUACACCUUUAUGAAAAUCUAUAUAAACGGGUUCGCACUCCAUGGAAUGGACGGAUCCGAGAACCUCCCGGACCUGAAUCGAAUCAGCUUUGUUCAAAAGGCAUUGAACAAUGCCCACCUGUUAAUCCAAACCCAGUGCCGCUCCCAGGGCAUCCGACGUCGGUUUAAGUAUACAAUAGACUACAUCGGCACGACCACCUAUCACGCAAUCAACCUCAUCCUCAAGGCCCUCUCAUGUGCCCACCAGUACCUGGAUUACGAGGAAUCCUUUAUGGCACUGCACCAAGCAACCAUUCUGCUGGAAGAAGCCGGCGCCGUGGAAGCCGCAAAAGAGGUGCGACGCGAGCACGAGCGACUAGCCUUGCUUACACAAACUGCAAUGUCCUCCACGGAGGAGCAUUUCGCACCCGAGCCAACGGCUAUUGAUGACGAAAACCUAUUUGACAUACCUAGCUUCCUCAACGCCGCGACAUGGGGUGAACCCUUCCCUGUGCUCGAUACCUACAUGCUCGACUAAUUGAUACCCUUUCGAUUGUG